AUGAGAAGUGUCAACUUAAGCUUCUAUACAUUACUUAUAAUUCAUUUUAUUUUUAUUAUUACAUGCAUUUUGUUAAAUUCAGAAUUUCAUGCUGCUGAAUCUCACUCUCAUAAGGUUAAAUACCUCCCUGGCUUUGAUGGUCCUCUUCCUUUCUCACUUGAAACUGGAUACAUCGGGGUAGAGAGAGGUGAUAUACAAUUGUUCUACUAUUUCUUUGAGUCGGAAAAUAAUCCAAAGGAAGAUCCGCUCCUAGUUUGGCUGCCCGGAGGUCCUUUAUGCUCUGGCAUGUCCGCCAUCCUUUACGAAAUUGGACCUAUACAAUUAGAAGAUACAGAUAAUUUUGAAAUUCUACCAAAGGUGAUUUUGAGGCAAUAUUCAUGGACUAAGAGUGCAAGCAUACUAUUUAUGGACUCUCCAGUGGGUACCGGCUAUUCUUAUGGUACUACUACUCAUGCAAAAUAUACCGGUGAUUUUAAGGCAUCUCGUAAUCUCAAUGAAUUUCUUCGAAAGUGGUUAUUGAAUCAUCCACAAUUUCUUUCAAAUGCGUUGUACCUUGGUGGGGAUUCAUAUUCGGGGUUUCCUCUUCCACUCUAUUUUGUCGAUAUGAUUUCAGGUAAUGAAAAUGGACUACAACCAUACCUGAAUCUCAAGGGUUAUAUCUUGGGAAAUCCUGCCACUGAUAAACUUAUCGAUGGAAAUUAUCAAGUUGCUUUUGCCCAUGGCAUGGGCUUCAUUUCUGAUGAAUUUUAUGAGUCAAUACAAAGAACUUGUGGAGGUAAGUAUCAAAUGGUGGACGAAAGCAACAAAGAGUGUAAAAAGCAGAUCAAAACUUUUGAAUGGGGCCUUAUCGGAAUAACUACCGUAAUGGUAAUCGAAAAUUAUUGCAAUAUUAAAUCCCUAAGACUGCCUGAAAUCUCUCAUACAAAUAGAAGACUUGUAGUUGACAAUGACAAGAACAUGCUUCAUCCCAAACAACUUGGUGCCUUCAAUUGUCGUUACGAAAGAUAUCUACUUUCUCCACGAUGGAUGAAUGAUGUGAGUGUUCGAGAAGCUCUUCAUGUUCGCAAGGAACCAUUUGUUGAAUGGAAAAGAUGCAAUUAUAAUCUGUCCAAGUAUUCAUACGAGAUAUUGAGUAGUGUUCCAUAUCAUGUCAAACUAAGUGCUAAAGGGUUUCGAUCUUUAAUAUAUAGUGGAGAUCAUGACAUCAUAGUUCCAUUCCUGGGUACCCAAGCAUGGAUAAGAUCCUUGAAUUAUUCGAUUGUAGAUGAUUGGCGAAGAUGGGUUGUUGAUAACCAAGUGGCAGGAUUCACGAGAACAUAUGCCAAUAGGAUGACAUUUGCAACUGUUAAGGGAGGUGGACACACGGCUCCAGAGUACAAACCUAAAGAGUGUGCUUCCAUGUUUCGGAGAUGGAUUCAAGGCGAACCUCUUUAAUAUUUUUCUUGCUUUAUCCUAAUAAAGUCGUAUUUAUAUAAUGAACUCAAAAUGAUAUUCAUAAAAUUACAAAUAUUUAAUUACAUAAUACGUUUUUUUAUGAGCUCGUGUCUCGAAUUUGUCUUUGUGUCACAACCCUCAAAUUUUAAUUAUCACUCAUGUUGCUCUAA